AUGUCUUUAAAUAAUUUACAAGUUAAUCAAGCUUUAAAACAGUUUAGAAAUUUUGAUAAGUCAACCAGUUUCGCUAAGCAAUGUUUUGAGAUUUAUAUAAUUCCUGAAAAUGAAGAAGAACCUGCAAGCAAACAUGCAAAACUGAUUAUAUUUG